UUGGAUGCACGAUUGAUUUAGUGACGUCAGCGGACGUGACGCCUUUGGCCCGGAUAAAGACUUGCCAGUGAGUAACCGUCAUUCUUCAUUCAUACAUCUGGAGCGUUUGGGUACACAUCCACGUCGCCCAAAUACUACCAUUAUUUAUUUCAACUUGACGAUUUGUAAACGUUCACAGCAGACCGAGGUGUUAACCAGUGUAGUCUGGCAACUUCGUGGAUCAUAACAAGAUAAAGUUGCUGAAUUUAAGAAGGGGUAUUUGAAAGCAGAAAACAUGGAAGCCCAACAAAUAAUCACCAUGUCUAUCAAUAAGAUCACCGGGUCGCGUGGCCAACGUGGCGGUGUAAACCUCAGGAAAAAUCUACUCGUCGCUUCGGUGCUUCAUUCCGCACGGGCGAUGUACUACGAGGAAAUGUGCAAUAGAAUGUCUAGAACAGCCGAGUUGCAUUCCAUGGACAGGGAAUCCGUUGAGGAUGAAGAGGAUUGUACUGAAGCUCCAGACUGGGGUGAUGAAGAGGACUCAGUAACUACCACCCCUGAACCUUCGUCUUGUCAACGUACGGACAGUUCGGAAGAGAAUGCUACCCAACGACCAACGGAGGACAAAGAAAACUGCCAUCCUGUUGUCGCCGAGAUCUCGCCGGCGGUGCAGGCUAGACUGGAGGAGAAACCUGAACCGGCUAGUAGUAAGCCUACUACGGAGCAGAGCCCCGACUCCACCCCAUCACCAGACAAAGAACGAAUGGUGCUGGGACAAAAGAACACAAAUUCCCCACCGUCCAAGUCCGGCUGCAAUGCAUGCAAACGAAAGAGAUCGGACUCAAGUGAAGAACUACGAGAGGCUUGCGAAUCAAUCCUGCCUAAACGACCUAAAACAGACUUAGAAAGCCAGGGCGAGAAAGUGAACCCUGAACAGGGAUCUAUCACGAGUCUUGUCACCAUUUUCAAGUCUGGUUUUCAUGGACUAUCGGGAGAAUCGAACCCUCAAUCGAACAUUGUUUCCUCGUCGUCCAGUGGAAGUAAUCACUUGCAACAGUCAUCGUAUACAUCUUCAAUGCCAAGACCAUUUGAACAACUUCAGAUGCCAAUUGCUGCCUGUUAACAUACGGAUUGGACUAACGAACAUUAUGUGAACUUGUUGUAUUGUCACCUAUAACAUGUUGAUUUGAUUGAUUUAUGAUGAAUUGGUGUUUUUCAAUCCUGUGCCUUUGGAUGCGAGCAAUUAUUACCUAUUGGUCAAAAGAAUGUAUGUUGUUUUUAUUUAUUAUUGUAUUUUUGUAACACAGUGGCUACUUUGUGUUCUUGGUAAAUUAUGGGCAUUUUCUGAUUUUGCUUUUCAAACUCGUAAAUUUUUCAAACACGACACGUCUAUGUCUAAUACAGGAAAGUACGUUCGUCCCAGUUGUUUAUUUCGCUUUCAAACAACAUUCUGUAUCUAAUUUGCUUUGCCAGUUUGAACUCUGUGAAUUGGUGCUACCAUUUUAGGGGUUUUCUAUUCACAGUCAACGUGGCAAAAAAAUCUAGCCACCCACUAAAGGGUGAUCUCACAAAAGAGCCAGUACAUGUAUUUGCUUUGGGAAACACGCAUCCUUUGUUGCAUGCGGGAAGCGAAUUCACAACGCCCGGGCGUGUCUUGACUAUAACACAAUGCCACAGCUUGCCACACAAAAGCACGGCUGGCGUGCACAUUGAAUGGCUGAAUGCAAAGAAUUUAUUUUCGCGGGGAAAUCGAGGUCAUGUGGUGACAUAACACUUGCCCUGUGAAAAAGAAAAAAUCAGAUAAUGUACCAUUUCUUUUCUUGACUGAGGUUUACCAAUGUUAUUGGGGUCAAGUUAUCAUCAGGGGUUUCCGGUUUCUUUGCUUCCUGCUGUUACAAUUUCCGGUCAAUAGAUAGAUACCAAAUUUCACCUGUUUUAAUAUUGUAACAGGUUUUUGUUUCAAUUUUAGGGAAAAAAUCACCUGAUGCCAAGUUUUAUUUGCGACUGGGAAAAUGUUAUCUGUCGAAAACCCUUCCCGCUAGACAGGACAUAGCUAUUUUGUGUCAACUUCCUUUAGCAUGUGUCAGUGCUUCCCCUUGGGAGACCAUACUAUAUACAGUCAAGUACAGCUACAAUGUGGAUAUUCGAAUUAACCAUUGACAUUCCACGUAAUCAUGACGGAUGUACAGUUUAAGAUCAGGCUAUGCCUCAUGUCCGGUUUCUACGGAAAGGGAAAAAAACACUCUCAAAACCAACAGAAUGAGAGCCAAAAAACUUGCGAAAUAUCCACGUAGUGUAAUUUAGGGACAAAUUUCCAGACUUGGGUGUACUCGUACUUGCCCUAUUUUGGCUUUGUAUCCUACCAAGCUAUGAUUAAUCAAGCAGUAAUUUUCCAUACACCGCCCCUGACUGUUGCAAUUGUGUUUGAUUUAACCACAUGUGACUUACUGGUGAAUAGUUCACCGAGAUUCCAAAGGUUGCAUGAUUGUGUGGUACGAUCCAUUGCGUGGCAAGAUACUCUCUGGCUGUUUGCCAUAAAUAUUAUCUAAAUAAUGAAUUGCAUCAUUCUGGUUGCCAGACGAGUCUAAACACGAAUUUCCUUCUUUUUUUUUGUAUGUCAUUACAUGUGAAAUGGACCAACUCAUUUUAAUAGCGGGGCAUUUAUUUACAGUAAUGAAGAAUUGUUCCAAAAUAA